AUUCUCUUCCUUUUUUUAUCUCUCACCCUGAAUAUUACUUUCUUUUGACUCCACAAAACUAAUACUUUUAAUUCUCACCAUGGGAAGAACACCUUGUUGUGACAAAAAUGGACUUAAGAAAGGGCCAUGGACCACAGAAGAAGAUCAAAAGCUCAUUGAUUACAUUCAAAAGCAUGGCUCUGGAAAUUGGAGGACACUUCCUAAGAAUGCUGGGCUUCAAAGGUGUGGAAAGAGUUGCAGGCUACGUUGGACUAACUAUCUAAGGCCAGACAUUAAAAGGGGAAAAUUCUCCUUUGAAGAAGAAGAGACAAUCAUCCAAUUGCAUCGUAUUCUUGGAAACAAGUGGUCUGCCAUUGCUGCUCGCUUGCCUGGAAGGACUGAUAACGAAAUCAAGAAUUAUUGGAAUACUAAUAUUCGAAAAAAGCUUAUGAGAAUGGGAAUUGAUCCAGUGACUCAUAGUCCUCGUCUUGAUCUUCUUGAUUUAAACUCAAUUUUCAACCCUUCACUCUAUAAUUCAUCUCAAGUAAAUCUUUCAAGGCUAUUAGGUGUACAAUCCCUAGUAAAUCCUGAGAUUUUGAGAUUAGCCAAUUCCCUCUUUUCCCAUAGCCAAAACCACAAUUUCUUAUUGCAAAGUAAUUUUCAAGAAAAUCAACUAUGCAAUUCCCAUGUCCAAAACCAAUUGAUCCCAUUUGGUCAAAUUAGCGAAAUUCAAAACCCUAUUCAAAAUAUUCCAGCUUGCACCAAUUUAAAUACUUCACAUGUUCCAAUUUAUAGUGAUGCUCAAGUCAUGCAGCAACCUUAUGUCCAGCAAUUCUCGUCGAAUAUUUCAAACUUUAGCUCACAAAAUUGCCAACAAAAUGAGUGGAAAAACUUUACCUCUGGAUCAACAUCUUCAUCAAGUCCUACUUCAUUGAAUUCGAACUCCAACAUAACUUCUGAAGAAAGUUACUGUAGCAUGUUAAACUUUGAUAUUCCAAAUAUUUUAGAUGUUAAUGAAUUUUUGUAAUUUACUCUUUCAAAGAAGUACCACUCAAAAAUUUGGAAAAAAAUAUUCAUUCUUUGUU